AUGGCGGAUUUCCACGACGCUGCCCUCUCGCCUGAGGAGGAGGAACGGCUCUGGGCUGGUGGACCGGCAGAUCUCGACCGAUGCGUCUCGACCAAAUGCGACAGCCACGAGACGAUCGACGACGCCCUCCGCUCCUGGCUCGACCUCGCCACGCAGCUCCGCGACCACUUCUCCGACUCCCACGAUGACACUGCCGCCUGCGCCCACAUGCUCCUCGCCGGCAACCUCUUCUGUGCUAACAAGGAAUACAUCCGUACGCAAAUCAUAUACAGCCUGCUCCAGGAGGACGAGACGGGGCCGCUGCACGCCAUCACCUGCUUCUUGCUGCUGGAUGGUUGUCAGGAUGAGACCACGUUUCCCCGCAUGGUCAACGAGGCUUGCUUCCCCCGACUGCUUGAGCUGAUCAAUGGCCGCCAGCAUGUUGACCCACGCUUGCACCGCCACCUGUUGCACCUCAUGUACGAGAUGUCGCGUAUUGAGCGACUGCGAAUGGAGGACCUGGUGCAGGUGAAUGACGCUUUCGUCUCGUACCUGUUCCGGCUCAUCGAAGAAGUGUCCGACGAGGAUGACCCAUAUCACUAUCCAACAAUUAGAGUAUUGCUUGUUCUGAACGAGCAGUACAUGCUCGCAUCGACUGAACCCGCCGGCGACCCGGCGUCUCCCAACUCACCCCUAACAAACAGAAUUGUCAAGUGCCUCAGCCUCCAUGGACCGUCGUUUCGGACGUUUGGCGAGAAUAUCAUACUACUGCUAAACCGGGAGACUGAGACGUCACUACAGCUUCUCAUCCUCAAGCUGCUAUACUUGCUCUUCACAAACAGGGCUACAUACGAAUAUUUCUACACGAAUGACCUGAGGGUGCUUCAAGAUGUCAUCAUCCGCAAUUUAAUGGAUCUCCCCGAUGAGAAGAUGUCCCUCAGACACACCUACCUGCGCGUGCUAUACCCAUUGCUGGCACACACGCAGCUCAGCCAGCCGCCAUACUACAGACAAGAUGAGAUUCACCGGGUGUUGAAUAUCCUACGAGGCUCGCACAAUGCGCAUUUUGCACCCGCCGACGAGACGACGCUGCGCCUGGUCGAGCGGGUGGCCAAGGUGAAGUGGGUGGAGGAAGUAGACCAUGGCAGCCCCGGAGCGGGCGAGGCCGAGGUGGCGCGCAAGUUCCUGGGCAUCAGUCUGUCGCACUCCGAGAGCUCGAGUAGCAUCAGCGUCGGAGACGUCGCGGCCGUGAUGGAAAAACCAGGAGUGCAAACGCCGAGCCGGGCCGGAGAAGCGGUGCCGGACGGCGACGAUACCGAAACUUCAGAAGGGGGAGUGACCAUGACCGUCAGGGCCAAGAAGCCUCUCCCUGCAGUUCCCAAGCACCGGCACGGAAUCCCAUUCUCUCAGCCAGGGAAGGUGCACGUCAACGGAGGCGCCAAGAAGACACCCCCCAAGGCACCACCGCCAAGACGGUUUGGGAGGAUGAGAACGGCUGAACGCCCUCCAGCAGAACCCACCAUUGAUACGGUUUCAGAACAAGAAGCAUGA